UGUGCUUUGCAUACAAACAAGAGCUGUCCUAACAACAUUUCCUCCAUUUUGUUCUUCUUCCUUUUUCAGAUAGUGCUCAUAUAGUAUAGUUAUGUCGAAUUCUGAUCAAAGAGCUUCUUCUACUAGCAAUGGAGUAGGAAGUGAAGAUGAAGGUGAUGAACAAGUCAGGGAAAUCCAUGUCUUGACACCCCCUACGCCGCCGCCGCCGCAGAACAGGGCUCGUGGGAGUGACUCUUGGGAGAUUAAUAGCCACAGAUUGUCCAGUAGUGAUAGCUUUACGAGCGAGAAUUCCACGAGCAUGAGUCGAGAAUUUAAUGCUCUAUUGGUUGCAGGGUCGACGAUCGGUAACACUGGCAAUGAAAAUGAAGGUGGGAACAACAACCUUGGUAGGAUUGGAGAGGAUGAUGAGGUACCGCAAGAAGAAGAGGAAACAAACCCAUUAGCUAUCGUCCCAGAUAACAGCCACCCCUUGGAUCAUGUUGGUGGUUCUUCAUCUUCUGCAAAUAUUAAUGGUGGUCUCACUGAAGAAAUGUCCACGCAUAGGGUGAAGCGAGAAGAGAUUGAAUCGAAGAUAUCGGCAUGGCAGACGGCCAAGAUUGCCAAGGUUAACAACAGGUUCAAGAGGGAAGAUGCUGUCAUCAAUGGGUGGAAGAGUGAGCAAGUCCAGAAAGCUGAAUCUGCCUUGAAGAAAGUUGAGAGGAAGCUAGAGGAGAAAAGGGCCAGAGCUAUAGAGGAAAUGCAAAACGAGGUGGCAAAGGCACAUAGAAAGGCAGAGGAGAGGCGAGCAUCGUCUGAGGCCAAGAGGGGAACCAAAGUGGCUAAGAUUUUUGAGAUAUCCAAUAUGCUAAGGGCCAUCGGAAGGGCUCCCACCAAACGAUCCUUCUUUUAAGUCCUUUUAGACAUACAUUUAGAAAAGGAAAUUAGGAUUGGAUCAUUUUCUGUUUUUCAAUGUUGAAGGUUGCCCUUAUCAAUUAAUUCAGUGAUUGAAGGUUUGAAACCCAUAUAUACUCUGGUUCAGGAAAUGAUGCUUUUUUUUUUCUCUCUAGUGUGUUAAUUAGUGGUUAGUAUUUUGAUUUGAAUGGGGAAAAAGGUUUCUAUCCAAACUGAUUUGAGUACUCAUGUACAGUUCGUUUGCUUUUUAAGUA